AUGAGAGGUUGUGUGAAAAUUAUUCGUCUUCUGCUGAACUACAAAGACACAGACUCAAAGUUCUUCUUCUGGACACACUGGCUUUUCUUCUCUCUUCUCUUCUUUGUGGAUAUUAUGGCUAAUAACACAACAAGUUUAGGGAGCCCAUGGCCAGAAAACUUUUGGGAGGAUGUGAUAAUGUCCUUCACGGUAUCCGUGGCAACGGUACUUGUAAUCGGAGGAUUUAUUUGGGCUUUGUCUGUCUGUUUGUCUCGAAGAAGGGCCAGCGCCCCCAUCUCGCAGUGGAGUUCAAGCCGGCGAUCCAGAUCUUCGUAUACCCACGGCCUCAACAGAAAUGGAUUUUACCGCCACAGUGGCUGUGAACGUCGAAGCAACCUCAGCCUGGCAAGCCUCACUUUCCAGCGACAAGCUUCCCUGGAACAAGCCAAUUCCUUUCCAAGAAAAUCAAGCUUCAGAGGCUCAACUUUCCACCCCUUUCUGCAAUGCCCACCACUUCCUGUGGAAACUGAGAGUCAGCUGGUGACUUUCCCUUCAUCCACUACCUCCUCCACCAUCAACACUUCCCACAGCCUCGGCCGUCCAGAUUUCCACUGGUCCAAUAACAAUCUUCGGAUUGGCAUUUCACCACCACCCCCACCUGCCUAUGAGUCCAUCAUAAAGGCUUUCUCGGACUCCUGAGUAGGGUGCUUCUGUUUUCGUUUCUUUCUUUUCUUGUUUUUUAUUGAAGGGAAAUUACAAAUAGGCAAAACAGAAUUUUGAGGACAUGGCCCAAAUGCCUAAUGAGUUUCCAAACUGAAAUAUGCACACACAAGUUGGACAUCACAAUGUAAAACAGAUUUCCUUUUUUUUUUUUUCUCUCACACACAAAAAUAAUAUUUUUCCAAAUAGUUAUAUAUUUAUGUAUUUUGUAUUCAACGUGGGAAUUUUUAAAGAUAGCGAUUCUUACCAAAGAAUCAACUGGAUACAGUAUAUAUGUCUUUUAGACUAAAACAAAAACUUUGGAUUUUUGUGGUUUACAAUUUUUACUCAAUGUCCAAUGUGACUAUAAAGGGGAAAAAAUUACUGUGUAACUUUAAAAAAUUCCUGUCUUAAGGGAUUUUAGUUUAACUUUCUUAAGAAAGACAAGUGAAUCAUUUGACAAUCUUGGAUUUUUAGUGAUUUUAUGGACAUAAAAUGAUGGAACAUAGGAGAUUCUAAUGUUUCUUGAUUUUACUCAUUUGUGACAAGUGAGGAAAUCAAGCAAAGAAAGCUGAACUCAGUGAGUGUUACAGAAUAGUGCAAUUCUGACACUUAUUUUUCCCCCAACUCCUUUUGUUCUUUUCCCAAGAAUAGUUAUCCUCUUUACUGAGGCAAAAUCCUCGGAUUUACUCACUUGAUUUGACCUUUCUUUACUGUUUUCGUUAUAUUAUUAUAAAAACAAUAGCAAAUCCAAUUCAUUUGCUCUAAAAACAAACUCUAAUACUGAGUUUACAUUUUUCUUAAGGGAUAAACUUUAUUCCUUACAUUUAAAUCUAGCAAUGGGGAAAGCUUGUUACCUAAGGAUUUUCUGUAACUUCAAAGACAAAUAAAGGAGGGCUAGUAGAGAGAAAGUCUGUUAUCCAAAUUAGAUGUUACAGCCGUGAAGAAUUUUCCUUCCUGGAUGAGCCCAUCAGUCAUCAUCUUUUAUUUACUUCUCUAUGGAUUUCAACCUCAGCUUCUGUGAAGAGUCUUUGUACAAACAUGAAACUAUGCCAGCUGGUCCUUGGUGCAGACAGUUAUUUAAGGAGUCCAUCUCCACAAGAAGCCACCCUUUUAAAGGAAGAGAGCUUCAGUGGCCAGAGAUGACUGGCUGGUCUUUUUCAUUUAAGGACAUGAGUUCCCAGAAUUAUUACUCAGAAGACCUGGGGUUUGUUUCUGAUAUAGUGAAUAUUUAGCUUAUGUUGCUGUUUCUUCUCUGAACACUGGGAUUUUCCGUGAAGAAAAAUGUCCUCUCAUGAUAAUUUCUGCAAUGCAGCAGUCCCAGCUAAUGGUGUCUGAAUACGAUUCAAUACUGUAAUAGAUAUUUACUCAAUAAAAGAUUCUG